CACUAUUACAAUAGAACGGCGAUGUACACGCAAAAAACAGCUGAGCAUACAUGCUUACUUCACAAACGGGCGCGCCAACCUGCGCGCGUACACGCUGGUUUCGCUCCGUGCUUCGAAUGCUAAUGAGUGCCGUCGAGAAAAACAAAUAGUGUGCUUACAUGCCCAAACUGAUAAUGUGUUUGUGACGAUGCCGGGGCACGCGAGUAGUCCGUACUGGGCCGCCGUGGAUUUUGAGAGCGAGGAAGAGGAGAAAUCCCCCGCAUCCAGCCACCGAGUGUACGUCGAUCCCUGGGAUAACGAGGCCUUGGGGGUAUCCCAGAGGGAGUCGGAUUCCAGCCAGGAUAACAUGAAUUCCUUCGCCGGGGAGCCAGUCAGCGCCAGCUUUUAUUACGUCCCCACGAAGACCUGUGAUGAGACCCCGAAGGUCCCAAGAAGGUCGGUGGUCCAGGAAGAAGUGAUUGAACCCGUGUACGGGUACAGCAGACGAAUAUCUCGCCACGCGCCGAAUUUGCAGGACAAUAUUCCGAUUUACCAGAAGCGAAUUCCCGAAAGACGACCGUCGAUGUAUAUAGAGGAGCCAAUAUACGCGCCACAUCCUAUACUGUACGAGAGCAUCUACGCGCCAAUGCCGUACAUCCACCCUAGGCACCGUGUCUCCAUGCAGCACCAUCCGGAGUAUGUGGCUAACGUGUAUGGACCACAUAGGAGACAUUCCAGACUUGCCGACGUGUACGAGCAAUACGCGUACGAAGCUGUCAACCCGGAGUACGAGGACUGGGCGCGGCCGGCUCCGAAGGCGGCGCCGGACAACUUCCAUCUGUCACGAUACGGACACCUGCGCAUAGACUACUCCUGCAGCUGGAACUCGCUCGACAGGAUUAUACGGAACCAAUAGGAAUUGAAGAACGGUACCCAACCAUGAGGGUUCCCACACAUAACUGCGAAUUCGCAUUGCAUCGCAAAUAUCUGCGACAAAACUCAUAAUAAAAAUGAUAUUGCGAUGCGAUGUUUAUUCGCAGUUUUGAGCGGGAGCCCAUAUGGUGUUAAGAAGUAACCAAUAAGAACUGAGCCCCUAGCCAAGACUCAUUGUCACUUCUUCAUAAAAUCGCCGAUCAAAAUAUCUACAAUUGACAUGACAUGAGGCGAAUGUCGACUUGAACUUUUAUCGAACGCUUACGUCAAUUUCAUACAUUUUGAUCGUUAAUUUUAUAAAGGAGCGAUAAAGAAAACGUCUUUGCUAAAGGGCCUGUAACGUUAGGAAUCGCAAAGGUUAAUUUGUAAUUUGUGACUAUGAACAUCUACUGGCACGCUUAGCAUGACCACAGAAAGAUUUCCUUAAAGCUAUCAGCACCGUAUCCACCUUACGCACAUUCGUCACUCGUGUGAAACCUCGCACAUUCGUCCGCACCGUACGCGCGUUUUGUAUACUAUGCGGCGUGCUCAGCGCGUACGGGCCAGGCUACAACACUGCGUUGCGCAUCGCAUCGUAAAAAUCUACGACGCCGCAGAACGCACCAUGGAAAUUUCCGAUGCGACAGUGACUAUUUCCAAUGAAAUUUUGCGCUCCGACAUCGCAUCGCAUUUCAGUGUCGUGGCCUGGCCCUACGGCGCGUACGGUGCUGACAAAUGUGUGAUUACUGAUUAGCUUUAGGGAGAAUAGGCGAAGUGACAGCUUGACAAUGAAUGAAGUCAGUUUGUUCAGUCACAUCAUAUUUUAUCAAUUCUCUUGUCUUCUCCAUUUUUUCAUUUCUAUUGUGUCCAUGCUGAUUUUGCGAUCACGAUGCGGACAUUUUCGCAGAAUAUUUUACAGGAAAUCGCUGGACAGAAUUAUUAAGACUAGGUUACCGACCUAGAGGCUAGAAUAGAAUAUAUUAUAGAUAAUUUUCAUCACCAAGCACUGAAUUGUCAGUUUUUUUCUUCUAUAUAAUAAUAAACCUUCCUACAUAUACAUUCCUAACAUUAAAUCUUUUAUCUAUUGUUAGUAUUAGCCUAUUGUUAGUAAACAUCCUAUUUUAUAUUAAGUUCGUCCUAAUAAAAGUAAUGUCAUAGUAAUAAUUUGUUAGGUUAUUCUUGUAUUCUUAAGAGUUUAUGAUUGACAUUUUUAAUUUUAGAGUUUACAUCAUUGAAAUGAAUCUCGA